GUUUUCUGAAAACGGAAUGGCACGAAACAAGAAAGGUCAAUUUUCGAAGAGAAAACCAAUAAGUCGACACAAGAAAUUGUUGAAUAAUGAUCACUAUUAAUGUGGAAACGAUGUAACAACCACUCGCGUUGAAAAUAAUGGAUUAGAUCUAGAUGAAUCGUGGAAAGUGGGAAGAAGACUGGUUGAGUGGGAAGUGCUUCUUGGUAAUCUUAAAUAUUGUAAAAAGUGUAAACUUGGGCCUGUGCCACUGACAAUAAAGACAAUUCAAGGGGAACUUCAGAAAGGACUUGGAGGGUAUUUAUAUGUGAAAUGUGAAAAUCCUGAUUGUGAAUACAUAAACCGUGCUGCCUACGGAAAGACAUACCACCAGACAGCUGAACGUCGAGGCAUGCCUUGCUUUGCAGUAAACACCAAACUUGGAACUGCAAUGAUUGAUAGUCUGGGUGGGCCAAGACGUGUAAAUAACAUGUUAGCUACACUAAAUCUAAAGACGGUGUCAGAUGCAAACUUGAAAAAGAUGGAGAUUCGGGCAGGAAAUGUUGUGGAGAAAGUUUCCGCUGAGUCAUCACGAGCCGUAGCUGAGGAGGCAUUUAAGAAUGAAAUGGUGACCACUGCACAUGCAGAGUCUCAAGAUGCACAAGUUGGUAUGAGUGGUUUGAUAGAAGACUUGGGCGUUUGUCCACUACCAGAUUCAUCUCCUGCAUCACAGUUGAGGCUUCAUGAUUAUGAACUAGAUUGGACUGAUACUGAGAGUGAUGAUGAGAAUAGCUAUAUUGAACAUGUUGAACAGAAUGUCCCAGAGACUGCCUCUUUACCAGAUAACAGUUGCAGGAAUUGGUCACGGCGACAAUGUAGAUGUGGAACAGAUUCCAGAUUCCAUUAAGGGGUAAUUUUAAACCUGUCCAGUUACCAGGACCCCCAACUGUUAUAUCUUUUGACUUGGAAACAACAGGCCUGAUUAUAGACGGAGUGCUUCCGCAUAUUACACAGACUGCUGCAGUGGAGUUACAGUCAGGAGAGCAGUUCAGUACAUAUGUUAAACCAACAGUUCCCAUUUCUACGGCUGCAACAACUGUUACUGGCAUAUCAUUUAAUAUAA